AUGAAGUACUUACUGCUAGCCCUCUGCUUCUGUCUAUCAAGGUCAAAACCCCCUUCCGAAGCAGAAGUACUUGCUGCCCUUAAGGCUCAACAAGUUCCUCCUGAAGCUCGAUUGCUUAGCGGUGAAGCUUUAGUUAAAUAUGUCAACGAGAAGCAAAACCUAUUCAAGGCUGAACUAAAGCCGACAAACAAAUACUUGAGGUACAAAGUAAUGGAUUUGAAAUUUGUGCAACAAAAUAUGAAACCUGUUAUUGAAGACGAAAACGACCCUGGUGAUGACAUCCCAGAAAGGUCAGUAUAA